UACUUUGCGAAAAAUUACAAGGAAGUAAAUUUAGAUGCUGUCAUAGGAACUCGAAUGGUAGACGGUCAGCUGAAGGUCCUUUUGCGUCGAUUAGAAGACAGUGAUAUUGUACUUCGUCGUGAUUGUCAAGAUGCCAUCAAGGAGAUGCAACUCUCGGCGCAAGAGAUUAGUGACUCGGCCAUUCCAUACAUUGCUAAAAAUGCUCCAGCUUACUUUCAAAAAAUCGGAGCAAUUUUAAACAAAGGAUUUUGGGAAAUAGAUAUGCCGAGUCGUGACCUUGACCCCGCCCUUGUGGUACCAUCUCGCGGAGAAGGCGAAGCUAUGCAUGAAGAGGAUUCUGAUAACUGUCUUGCCGAAUUUUUUGGAACUGGGCCUCACACGACUGUGCCUUGUACAAUAUCCGAUCACUGCUGGCGCCUCAUGACACAACCAGGUUAUCAGGCCUAUUCUUUGUCCCAUCAAGUAUUUUACCUGGAAAUAGGAAAACAGUUUGGUUGCGGUGCUCAGAUGACAGAGAAGGCUGUCCAGAACAGACAGCAGCCCCCGGACGCCUUGGCUGGAGCGUUCUGCGCAAACAUGCUGGCUGAGGCUAAACGUGUAGCCGACGCUGACUACCCAGUGAACAAACAGGACCUCUUCAUGGAACAAGCUGCCCUGUGUGGAAUGCUUGGAUAUCGUCAAUUCUUCACCGCCGAGUGGCUGGACACCAUUCUAUCUUGGCAAGAUCACAGCGGGUGUUACGUAAUACAGCCAGGCGAGUUUGGACUAGCUCGUGUAGGCAAUUCUAAAUUCAAGCGAAGCCGGGUAAAACGAGAAGAGAAGUCACUGGAGAACGGUUGUUUGUGUCAUCGCACAACGGUAGCUGGGGGCGCUGUCGCACUGUACAUUCGCUACAUCAUCGAGUACCUGAUGUCACCACUGGCUGCCGGCAAAUGAGGAACAGAAACAGGAAAGACACAAAGAAAGAAAGAAUGAAGAAAAAAACGACAUGAACUCAUUUGUUUGGGAGAAUUUAAUGUUUACGACCUACGUUUAAUCAAAGGUACAUGCUACUGCUGGCAGACUCAUACUAAACUCGAAGUUAAAGAAAACACCUCUCUACCUUAUGUACAUCAGUCUUCAGGUAAUAAUGAGUCAAUCAACCUGUUAUCAAUUUUCACAAUUUAGCGCGCCUCUGAAAUUUAAUUCACUUUGAUUACAACAUAUCUUCCUGACAUGACUAUCAUUUACACAUGUAUCUUCUCCAAAAGGUAAGACUCGUUCUUGUGGUCAACAUUGGAGGACAAUUUCUUUCUUCUGAGAGAGCUAAGAAAUAAUUGCCUCUAUUAUAAAAGGUGCUUACAGCCAUUCCACCGUUUCAUUGUACACAUAUAUACAUUUAAUGAACCUCAUCUCCUAUAUGUUUAUAUUUUUAAUUUUUUUUUUUAUUCUUUCCUUUCACCCACUGGUUUGACUGUUAUAACAAGGAGUUGCCUAACUGCCCAAUUUAUUUUGCAUAAUAUAUGUAUGUAUGAAUUUGAAGUAUCCUGUGUACUCCGCGCAAGAUAUAUAUGUACAGUGUAUCAGUGGGAUGCAAUGCAAUCAGUGUAAUAAGGUUAUGUAUAAUGUACACUUCAGUUUAUCGACAAAAAAAGAAUGAAUAUGAUGUGAAAAAAGUAACAUAAUAAAGAUGAGAAAAAGGU